AUGAUGAAUGCAUGCUUCUCCGCGACCCUCUUGGCUUUGGGUUUGACCUAUUGUUUGGCUCUGCCCAUACCUCACGACGAUGAUGACGAUUUUACCAAAGAAGACCUCCAGUUGGCAGAGCGUUACCUGCAGACGCAUUACAACCUCUUGUCCAAUCCGGCCGGCAUACUGAAGAAGAGAGCGGGCACGGCUGCCUCCAAACUUCGUGAAAUGCAGGCGUUCUUUGGCUUGGAGGUGACAGGCAAACUGGAUGAAGAAACUCUAGAUGUCAUGAAACAGCCAAGAUGUGGGGUUCCAGAUGUGGGAGAAUACAAUUUUUUCCCUCGAAAACUCAAAUGGUCUCAUUUUAACUUGACAUACAGAAUUGUGAAUUACACUGCGGACUUGACUCAGGCUGAAGUCGACAAAGCAAUCAAAAAAGCGUUAAAAGUGUGGUCCAACGUCACACCUCUAAAUUUCACCAGACUGCGCAGUGGCACUGCUGACAUCAUGAUCGCCUUCGGAAGGAAAGAACAUGGUGAUUUUUACCCCUUCGAUGGACCGUCUGGGCUCUUGGCUCAUGCCUUUCCUCCUGGGCCCAAUUAUGGAGGAGAUGCUCAUUUUGAUGAUGAUGAAACCUGGUCAAGUGACUCCAAAGGAUAUAAUUUGUUUCUCGUUGCUGCCCAUGAAUUUGGUCAUUCUUUGGGACUAGACCAUUCCAGAGACCCAGGAGCUCUGAUGUUUCCCAUUUACACUUAUGUUGGCAAUACUGGCUUUGUGCUUCCUGAUGAUGAUGUUCAAGGAAUCCAGGCUCUCUACGGUGCAGGAGGUGAUGAUCCAAACCCGAAACAUCCCAAAACUCCCGAGAAAUGCGAUGCCAAUUUAUCCCUUGAUGCCAUCACUGAACUUCGAGGAGAAAUGAUGGUCUUUAAGGACAGGUUCUUCUGGCGCCUGCACCCGCAGAUGGUUGAUGCAGAAUUAGUUUUAACUAAAUCAUUUUGGCCAGAACUUCCCAACAAGAUCGAUGCAGCCUAUGAAAACCCUGCUAAGGACCUUAUCUACAUCUUUAGAGGCAGAAAAUACUGGGCUUUGAAUGGGUAUGAAAUCCUUGAAGAUUAUCCCCAAAAAAUAUCGGAAUUGGGAUUCUCCAGGAACGUGAAAGCAAUUGAUGCAGCUGUCUACAUGAAAGACAGUGGCAAGACUCUCUUCUUUACUGGAGACCAGGUCUGGAGCUACGAUGAAGAGAACCAAAUUAUGGAUGAAAACUCUCCCAGACCUCUCGAGGAGGAAUUUCCAGCAAUUGGUGACAAAGUAGAUGCCAUCUUUGAAAGAAACGGUUACCUCUACUUUUUCAAUGGACCCUUACAGUUUGAGUACAACAUUUGGAGUAAACGGAUUGUUCGUGUUAUGGCUACAAAUUCCCUUUUAUGGUGUUAACUUUGGGAGCGUUCAGUAGCAUAGGGGAAAACUACUACUACUACUUUUACAUGAAUGAUGGGGGGAUAGCAGGGGAAAGAGUAGUUCAUGUACCGAUUUCAUGAUUAGGUGGUAAUAUUAUUUAUGACAAAGUGGAACUUAAUGUCGGUGAUUUAAAAGAAAAGGACCAGGAAACUUAGCAUCUCCAAGCGUCAGUGGAGAAGUCCACUGAGAUUUUUUUAUGGUAUUUAAGUGCUUACUAUGUGUCAAGCACUGUUCUAAGCACUGUUCUGAGCUCUGAUGGUCCUCAGGGAAACAUCAGACAUCAACUUGUUGUCAGCAUUUUGCCCACGGAGGAAGAAAAAUAGGCUCCUGUUGGGCUAUUUCCCAAGAAAAUUCCCAUGUUCCCGCUGCCAAUGUGAGUGAGAAUACCUUUCAUGGAGGGAGGGAUUCGGGUGAUUCAUGGUUAACAGUAGGGAAAUGGAGACAUUCAACAAGGAUCCUGUUUCCUUUCCAGCCUUGCAUGGACUUGAUGGGUGUUAUUUCACCUGACACGUAGCCUCACUGAAUUUUUUUAUAAAUAGUGAUUCCAAACUCCUUUAGUUGUGUGUUGGAAGUAUAUUUUUGAAAGCAGAGACAGAUGAAAACAAGAGAAAUAGCUCAGCAUUUGAGGAAUCGUAAUGCUGGAAAAAAAAUCCAUUCCACAGCAAGAAUCAGCUUCAAGUAUGUUAAAUGCAUUUUGAAGAAGUGCUAUAUUUUAUACAUCAAAAGGAGACUGAAUUUAAAUGUCAGUUUUAUGUGAUGCCUUUUGUCUUUAACUUUGGUAUUUGCUCCACGCUUGCAGUGAGGGGUUUGAAUGGUUUGAGAACAUUCUCAGUUCUGUGGUUCUUGGAGGUAUGAAUAAUUAUGGUGAUUAUUUCUGUUCUUUCAGGGAAUAUUGAAUAAAAGAUACAAAUGUA